CGGCCUCCGCGCAGGCGCAGGAGCAGCGCCGGCUCGGCCGCUGGUCGGAAGCGCCAGCCCCGAGCCGGGGAAGUGGCCGCAGAGGCUGCUCGGUCCCGCUGCCCGCCAGGUCGUGGGCUCCCGCUCCGGGCCCGGGGCCACCGGCUGUGGACUUCAAAAUGAGCGUCCCUGACUACAUGCAGUGUGCUGAGGACCACCAGACACUGCUCGUGGUGGUCCAGCCUGUGGGCAUCGUCUCCGAGGAGAACUUCUUCAGGAUCUAUAAGAGGAUUUGCUCUGUGAGUCAGAUCAGCGUGCGGGACUCCCAGCGAGUCCUCUACAUCCGCUACAGGCACCACUAUCCACCCGAGAACAACGAGUGGGGAGACUUCCAGACCCACCGCAAAGUCGUGGGCCUCAUCACCAUCACCGACUGCUUCUCGGCCAAGGACUGGCCGCAGACCUUCGAGAAGUUCCACGUGCAGAAGGAGAUCUACGGCUCCACGCUGUAUGACUCCCGGCUCUUUGUCUUCGGGCUGCAGGGGGAGAUCGUGGAGCAGCCGCGCACCGACGUGGCCUUCUACCCCAACUACGAGGACUGCCAGACAGUGGAGAAGAGAAUCGAGGACUUCAUCGAGUCACUGUUCAUUGUGCUGGAGUCCAAGCGUCUGGACAGAGCCACAGACAAGUCUGGGGAUAAGAUCCCCCUUCUCUGUGUCCCGUUUGAGAAAAAGGAUUUUGUAGGACUGGACACAGACAGCAGCCCUGUGAGUGUGUUAUUGGGUGUGAAAAGACAUUACAAGAAGCGGUGCCAAGGCCGCAUGCGGAAGCACGUGGGGGACCUGUGCCUGCAGGCGGGGAUGCUGCAGGACUCCCUGGUACAUUACCACAUGUCAGUGGAGCUGCUGCGUUCUGUGAAUGACUUUCUGUGGCUUGGAGCUGCCCUGGAAGGAUUGUGUUCGGCUUCUGUCAUCUAUCACUAUCCUGGUGGAACCGGUGGGAAGAGUGGAGCUCGCAGGUUCCAGGGCAGCGCACUUCCUGCUGAAGCAGCCAACAGACACCGGCCAGGGGCACAGGAAGUUCUCAUUGAUCCAGGUGCCCUCACCACCAAUGGCAUCAAUCCUGACACCAGUACUGAGAUCGGACGUGCGAAGAACUGCCUUAGCCCUGAAGACAUAAUUGACAAGUAUAAAGAGGCUAUUUCCUAUUACAGCAAGUAUAAGAAUGCGGGAGUGAUUGAGUUGGAAGCAUGCAUCAAGGCCGUACGUGUCCUUGCAAUUCAGAAACGGAGCAUGGAAGCGUCAGAAUUUCUUCAGAAUGCAGUCUACAUUAACCUUCGACAGCUUUCUGAGGAGGAGAAAAUUCAGCGCUACAGCGUCCUCUCCGAGCUCUACGAGCUGAUCGGCUUCCAUCGCAAGUCUGCGUUCUUCAAGCGCGUGGCCGCUAUGCAGUGCGUGGCCCCGAGCAUCGCAGAGCCUGGGUGGAGAGCCUGCUACAAACUCCUCCUGGAAACGCUCCCCGGCUACAGUCUGUCGCUGGAUCCCAAGGAUUUCAGCAGAGGCACGCACAGAGGCUGGGCUGCGGUCCAGAUGCGUUUGCUCCAUGAACUGGUCUACGCCUCCCGAAGGAUGGGGAACCCAGCCCUCUCCGUCAGACACCUGUCCUUCCUUCUACAGACCAUGCUGGACUUCUUGUCGGAUCAGGAAAAGAAAGAUGUGACCCAAAGCCUAGAGAACUAUACGUCCAAGUGUCCUGGGACCAUGGAACCCAUCGCGCUCCCUGGCGGCCUCACCCUGCCGCCGGUACCCUUCACCAAGCUUCCCAUCGUCAGGCAUGUGAAACUGUUGAAUCUCCCUGCCAGCCUCCGGCCACACAAAAUGAAGAGCUUGCUGGGCCAGAACGUGUCGACCAAAAGUCCCUUCAUCUAUUCACCAAUUAUCGCACACAACCGUGGAGAAGAGCGGAACAAGAAAAUAGAUUUCCAGUGGGUUCAAGGAGAUGUGUGUGAAGUUCAGCUGAUGGUGUAUAACCCAAUGCCGUUUGAACUUCGGGUUGAAAACAUGGGGCUGCUCACCAGCGGAGUGGAGUUUGAGUCUCUCCCUGCGGCGCUUUCUCUUCCGGCUGAAUCUGGUCUGUACCCAGUGACGCUCGUCGGGGUCCCGCAGACGACUGGAACGAUCACUGUGAACGGUUACCAUACCACGGUCUUCGGCGUGUUCAGUGACUGUUUGCUGGAUAACCUGCCGGGAAUAAAAACCAGUGGCUCCACAGUCGAAGUCAUUCCCGCUUUGCCAAGACUACAGAUCAGCACCUCUCUGCCCAGAUCUGCACAUUCAUUGCAACCUUCUUCUGGUGAUGAAAUAUCUACUAAUGUAUCUGUCCAGCUUUACAAUGGAGAAAGUCAGCAACUAAUCAUUAAGUUGGAAAAUAUUGGAAUGGAACCACUGGAGAAACUGGAGGUCACCUCGAAAGUUCUCACCACUAAAGAAAAAUUGUAUGGUGACUUCUUGAGCUGGAAGCUGGAAGAAACCCUUGCUCAGUUCCCUUUGCAGCCUGGGAAGGUGGCCACGUUCACAAUCAACAUCAAAGUGAAGCUGGAUUUCUCCUGCCAGGAGAAUCUCCUGCAGGAUCUCAGUGAUGAUGGAAUCAGUGUGAGUGGCUUUCCGCUGUCCAGCCCUUUUCGGCAGGUCGUUCGGCCCCGAGUGGAGGGCAAACCUGUGAACCCACCCGAGAGCAACAAAGCAGGUGACUACAGCCACGUGAAGACCCUGGAAGCUAUCCUGAAUUUCAAAUACUCUGGAGGCCCGGGCCACACUGAAGGAUAUUACAGGAACCUCUCCCUGGGGCUGCAUAUAGAAGUCGAGCCGUCUGUAUUUUUCACCCGAGUCAGUACUCUCCCAGCAACCAGUACCCGGCAGUGUCACCUGCUCCUGGAUGUCUUCAACUCCACCGAGCAUGAGCUGACCAUCAGCACCAGGAGUAGCGAGGCGCUCAUCCUGCAUGCCGGCGAGUGCCAGCGAAUGGCUAUUCAAGUGGACAAGUUCAACUUUGAGAGUUUCCCGGAGUCCCCUGGGGAGAAGGGGCAAUUUGCAAACCCCAAGCAGCUGGAGGAAGAGCGGCGGGAAGCCCGAGGCCUGGAGAUCCACACUAAGCUGGGCAUCUGCUGGAGAAUCCCGUCCCUGAAGCGCAGCGGCGAGGCGAGUGUGGAAGGACUCCUGAACCAGCUUGUCCUGGAGCACCUGCAGCUGGCGCCUCUGCAGUGGGAUGUGCUGGUGGACGGACAGCCGUGUGACUGUGAGUCUGCGGCGGCCUGCCAGGUAGGCGACCCCGUGCGCCUGGAAGUGCGGCUGACCAACCGGAGCCCGCGCAGCGUAGGGCCCUUCGCCCUCACCGUGGUCCCCUUCCAGGACCACCAGAAUGGCGUGCACAACUACGACCUGCACGACACCAUCUCCUUCGUGGGCUCCAGUACCUUCUACCUCGACGCGGUACAGCCAUCUGGCCAGUCGGCCUGCCUCGGGGCCCUCCUCUUCCUCUACACGGGCGACUUCUUCCUCCACAUCCGCUUCCACGAGGACAGCACCAGCAAGGAGCUGCCACCCUCUUGGUUCUGUCUGCCCAGCGUGCACGUGCGCGCCCUGGAGGCGCAGGCCUGAGCCCGCCCACUUCCGUCCCUGUUUCUGCAGGGCCAGAGGUGACCCAGCCUGGCCUCCCACACCCCCUGCGAUGAGCAAGGCCUUCACUGCAGCCCUGUCUCCCCCUCCUUCCCCAACCCCCACCCAACCCUCUCCUCCCAUUCCUCCUGUAGCAUCUUUGCUGGGCUACGCAGAAGCCCCCAGACGUGGCAGCCCCACCCCGUGCCACACCCCUUCCCACACUGUUCCCUGCACUAUACACAGGCCGGAGCAGAGGAAACCCCAGAGUGGGUGCCCAUUCAGCCCAGGUCCCAGGAUCCCUGCAUCCGUUUAUGUGACCUGGGGCCCCAGCCUUGCUGUGCUGCUCACCCCAGCAGAGGGACCUCCCUCAUCCAGCCACUUCCCUUUGGCCAUAGAAAGAAACGGUGAGCAUGAGGCUGGGCACAGCCUGAGGGCGUGGGCAGCUUCCCUCCCUCCCUGGGCCUUGGAAUCCCCCAAGGCUGGUUUUCUUCCUGGAGACCCCCAUGGGCAACUUGGCAGGAGAGAUGGUGCCGUAGGUGGUCAUGGAUGGUUGACACCAAGAGAGGCCUUCCACCCAUGGUGGGCAAAUGUCCAGGCCUGGGCUGCCAGCCCAGGGCUGUUUCUGGGUGCUCCCUGGCCCCAGGGUGGUAUCUGGGUACCGUGGCUAUGUGUGUCCAUGUCUGUGAGCAGUUCUUCAAUAAAUGGCCUGCCUCCUCCUCC